GAGUACUCUUCACCACCAACAAGACCUCAAGCUUCUGCAUUAAGCUGAGCAUCCCUAGUAAUCCUUUCAAAUACUGCAUAAUUCGUCUUCUUCAUUUCUAUCGAUAAAAUGGCCGUUACUUGCUACACUCAGGAGUUCAAAACUCCAAUUGCUCCAUCUAGGAUGUUCAAGGCUUUGAUUCUUGAUUCACACAAUCUUAUGCCCAAGAUCGUUCCUCAGGGCAUCAAGAGCAUCGAGUUUAUCGAGGGCGAUGGAGGAUCUGGAAGCAUUAAGCAAAUCAACUUUGCUGAAGGUGGUCAUCUGAAGUACUUGAAGCACAGAAUCGAUACCAUUGACAUCGAAAACCUCAUGUGCAAGUAUACUUUGAUCGAGGGUGACGUAGUUUUUGACAAGAUCGAGUCCGUUGCUUACGAGGUCAAGUUUGAAGCUUCGAGUGAUGGCGGAUGCAUGUGCAAGAUGACCAGCGAGUACCACACUAAGGCAGGUGCCGAGCUCAAAGAAGAGGACAUCAAACAAGGCAAGGACAAGGCCAUGGGAUUAUAUAAAGUGGUCGAGGAAUACCUUUUGGCCAACCCCAGUGUCUAUGCUUAAAAUGUUUUCUUUGUGCUUUAAUGAGCAUAUUUUAGCUUUGGUGUUUGUCUUGCUCAUCUGCUGCUUCAAGUCCGAUACGAGUCACGAAAAGAUUUCUUGUAUUUUCAUAUUUUAUUUAUAAGGAAAAAAUUGUCAUUUGAUUUGA